CUAUUAAUUAUUUUCUUCAUUCUUUAUGUUAUACGACAUUUUUGUUGUAAUGCAGCUGUCACUUGUAGACAGGUGUUUAAAAGCUAUUAAUAUUUAUAUUAUUACGGAAUUUAUCAAGUAUGUAAGUCUUUCAGUAUUGAAGAUUCGAUUUUCAAACAGCAAUGUUUUCGUUUUGAACUCGAGAUCGAAAUCCGAAUACCAAAUAGGUUUUGUCGAUGGGUUUUUGUGCUAGCAAUAAUGUUGCCGGAGCCAAAACCGAAUGAGUAAUUAGUUUUUAAUUACCAUUUCCGAGACUCAAUGUUAUUUCUAAUCCCGGACAACAGACUAGAAGCGCAGAAGACAGCACCAUAACAGUGUAAUAAUAAUAAUUAUUAUUAUUGUUCCGUGGUACCGCGGAGUAAAUAUUUUCAAAAAAAUAAACAUAUUAACCGCGGUUUGCGCGGUGUUGCAAUGAUGGUCGUGACCCUGAGAGCCUGGCAACACUGCGGCGGUGGGACGACUGACAAGAUCCGCUUGCGAGAAAACGAUAAGGAUCAAAUAAUACGUCUGUUGAUGAUAAUGAACGACCGUUGAUAAGCGACUCGGCGCACAUUCGUCCGUGCCGAGAAGCUUACUACCUUGAAGCUCAGCUGACACCGUCGAAAACAGAAAUUAAAAAUGGACCAAAACGUUGAAGAGAUUCAACAGAAAUUGUUAAAAUUCGGUUGUUGCCGAGUGUGUGCAGUUAGGCAUCUUACAAAACCUUCAACCAUUAAUGUUAAAACAUUAAUUGCAGCAUCAGAACAAGACCACAAUGAGCCUAAACGUUUAAAGAACAAUCCAUGUAUAGCAUGCUUGGGAUUGUUUCAAAAUCCGCAAUAUGAUAACAUUAUUAAUAAAAUUAUUUCAUAUUUAAAAACAUCUGAUUAUGAUUCUGAUACAUUUAACUUGGCGUUUAAUUUACCUAUGUGUACUAUUAUUCGAGGACAUUCAAUAGCAUUAUAUGUGUCAAAAUUGAGAAUAUCAUUCAAUCCUACGUUCCCUACAGCUUUUGUGUGCGCUAAAGAUGCUUGGAAACUAAUGGCUGAAGAUGCCAUUGUGAAAGCCACUGGUAAACGUUUCGAUGUACAUUCCCCUUUGCUAGUCACUGUUGGUUUCCAUUAUAACGAUACCAAAGAUGAAUGUGAUUGUUUAAAUGCAAUCAUAAAAUUGAGCAACAAAAAUUUACAGAAUAUUUUAUCUCAAAUGGAUAACAAAGAUUUUGUGAGCCAAUAUGGAGAGAUGCCAGCAAUAACAGAAUCGACUAUAGAAUUCAAAAGUGUUGAAGCUAGACAUGAAAGUGUUUAUAUUGCUGGUCGUUAUAAUAAGUGGUCUAGAACCCUAUCUCAAACACCUUGGAUAGUAGACCAGGAAAGAAGGCUUGAAAGUUCUGUUGAGGAAAUAAUAUCUGAACCAUUAAAAAAGCAUGCAUUGGUAGAUGAAUUCAGAUUCUCAUCAUCUGGUAGAGAGGAUAUUGAUGUUAGAAUGUUGGGUAGAGGAAGACCGUUUGCAAUUGAACUAGUAAACCCAAAACGAACUAAAUUUAGCUAUGAAGUAAUGAGAGAAAUAGAAAACGAAAUCAAUAUUGAUCCACAAGUAACGGUGAAACAUUUGCAAGGCAUUAAUAAAUCUCAAUUAAAGGAAUUAAAAUCUGGAGAAGAAUUUAAAAUCAAAGUUUAUGAGGCUCUAUGUUAUGUUGAAGGAGAGUUACCAGACUUGGAUAAGCUUAACAAAUGUACUCCAUUGGAAAUAUCACAGUUUACACCAAUUAGAGUAUUGCAUCGAAGAGCCAAUAUGUCCAGACCUAGAACUAUACACUCAAUGAAAGCCACAGCAACUAAAGUAGGAAUAGACAAUGGAUGUUCAUUUUUCAAUGUAAUCGUAUCUACCCAGGCUGGUACAUAUAUAAAAGAAUUUGUGCAUGGAGAUCUUGGUCGAACAAAUCCUUGUUUACGAACAAUUCUGGGAAACAAUACCGUUGACAUAUUGGCUUUGGAUGUAUUAGACAUAGAAAUUGAUUGGCCUACACCUGUAAAGUAUUGAUCAAACAAUUAUGUAACAUUUUUGGUUAGUAAUUGAUGAUCAAUAAUUUAUACAAUUUUAUAUUAUUUGAGUAUUGGUUAAAAUUUUGACUAUUAAAUGGCUGUGUUAAUAAAUGUAUUUUAACAACUUAAAA